AUGUAUCCGCUAGACGAAGGCGUAGCAGGGCUUGUAUCAGAUAAAGUUGCCGUCGAGGUGGCCAAGCUUUCGGUGACAGUACUGCUUGCUUUGGUGUUAUCAGUGCUCGUAGCAGACCCAUUUGACCCGUUCGACGAGGUGGUGGACGCUGUCGUACUGGUAGUAGUCGAGGUCCCGGGUGUAGCAAGAUCGAGAUUGCUCGAGUAA